CCCUUUGGAUCAUCAGUAGCCAACUUCUGGGUUUUGCCAGCAUUAUUUAUGGGUUCCAUCUACUAGUAGUUUCUUUCUCUUUGUACCCUCCCCUCUAACUCUAUUCCUCAUCCACUACUUUUCCUUUCUCACUUAAUUUCUCCUUCACGAAAUUCUUACUAUAAUUAGAACUCCGCUUUCUACUUUCAUCGUUUGUUUGUCCAGCUUCUAGUUCUUUCAUGGCUAACUUCAGCUUCAUCCUCGGCAUAAUUGGGAACGUCAUCUCCAUACUUAUGUUCGCUGCUCCAAUAAAAACAUUCAAAAGGAUUAUCAAGAAGAAAUCAACAGAGGAUUUUAAAGGGAUACCAUACAUCACAACAUUAUUGAGUACAAGUUUGUGGACAUUUUAUGGGUUGCUCAAGCCUGGAGGUUUGCUAGUCGUCACAGUCAAUGGUAGUGGUGCCGUCUUGCACAUCAUAUAUGUCACUCUCUUUCUUAUCUAUGCCCCCAAAUCUCUUAAGAUUCAAUCAAUCAAAUUGGUGGCAAUAAUAGAUAUAGCUUUCCUUGGGGCUGUUAUAGCAAUCACUUUACUAGCUGUGCAUGGAACCACUCGACUGACAUUGGUCGGAUUUUUAUGUGCUGGUUUGAAUAUCGGCAUGUAUGCAUCUCCUCUAGCAGCUACGAGAACUGUGAUAAAGAUGAAGAGUGUGGAGUACAUGCCAUUUUUCCUUUCCUUCUUCCAGUUCCUUAACGGAGGUGUAUGGACCGCUUAUGCAGUCCUUAUCAAAGAUUAUUAUAUUGGAGUGCCAAAUGGGAUAGGCUUCAUAUUGGGUGCGGCCCAACUAAUUCUAUACUUCAUCUACUACAAGUCCACCCCAGCCCAAUCCGCAGAGGAAAAAGAACAAGGCUCAGCCCACUUAGUAACAAGAGGAAUCCAAAUGAAAGAU